AUGGCUGUGAUUCUAAAGCGAGGCUAUGACCUCCCUUACAUAAAAUUACUACCCCGCAAGAAAGUGGCUAUAAGGCAAGUUUUGGACGUGAAGCAUGCAGAAGCUCUCAAGGCAUUGCCAUCUGACGCACCCUGGUAUACGAUAGCUCUUGUGAAAUAUAGGAGGUUUGUAGGACCUGCAAUAAGCGCUACUGUUGUGUAUUUUCUCUGGCUGGCCUAUAUGAUCAAGUGGAACAUGUGGUACUUAUUUGUGGAACGAUAUGAGAUGUCAGUCACCAUGGUGUUCGGAUCUCUCAUUGCAGGUAUGACAAGCGUUGGUGGAGGAGUUAUAGCGUUUCCCGUUAUGACACUUGUCCUCGACGUCGCCCCAAACAUCGCCCGAGAUUUCAGUCUUAUGGUUCAGUCUUGCGGAAUGACAGCCGCCUCCUUUGUCAUCUACUUCAUGGGCAUUCAAGUGGAUUGGAACAGCCUCAUCAUUUGCUCGAUCGGAGGUGUUUUUGGCGCUAUCUUUGGUUUUGAAGUUGUCGACCAGCAUAUGACUUCGCCAAAGAAAAAGUUCACGUUUACAGCAUUUUGUUUUGCGUUUGCAUUCGCAUUGUUUCUUCUAAACCGAUAUCGUGAUAGAAGAACAUUUCUAGCUGUUCCGUACUUGAACAAAUGGAAAGGUUUUGUUUUAUUCUUGGCUGCACUUGUUGGGGGAAUGUUUACUGCUCUUGCCGGCAGUGGAUUGGACAUAGUCAGUUUCAGCGUCAUGACAUUACUGUUCCGUGUAACUGAAAAGACGGCAACUCCAACAUCUGUUAUACUCAUGGGUAUCAAUACUGCAUUUGCUACGUAUUGGAGAUCAGUUAUACACUACGAUGCUUCAACUGAUGCAUUUCAUUAUCUGUUAGUUUGCAUCCCAAUCGUUGUCAUCGGAGCACCUAUGGGAUCUGUUAUCGGGAGCUAUCUUCACCGCCUGGUGUUGGCUGCAUUGAUCUACAUAAUUACUACUGCAGCACUGAUUGGCUCAUUCGUAGUCAUUCGACCUUUGACCCCUGAUCUGAUUGGUCUAGCUGUGGGAAUCGUUGUGGCCGGAAUCUUCAUUUUCUUUCUGCUGACACUGGCUGGGGCCAAACUUUUGAAGCACGUGGAGGAACAAGAAGAAAAUAUAACGAUUACAAAUAGCGAUAGCGUACAAAGUAGUGUUAUAACUAAUAAAAUAUUCUCAGUUGCAGACAACGCUCCCUCCUCGAUGCAGAACGGAAUUUCAAAUAAAGCUUUUCAAGAGAUAUGA